AUGGCUCUUGAUAAUCAGACCAUUGUUGCGACGGCUGUCCUGAAGAUUACAGACGAAUUCCACGGCCUUGGCGAUGUGGCAUGGUAUGACUCAGCCUAUUUCAUGACAGCAGGUGGCUUUCAGCCGUUAUGGGGAAAGGCUUACAAAUAUUUCGAUUUUAAGACUGUCUACCUCGUUGCGUUUGCCAUCUUUGAAGUUGGCAGCUUGUUCUGUGCCGCGACCCCUAACUCGGCAGCUUUUGUCGUUGGAAGAGCCAUCGCCGGCAUUGGCGCCGGUGGUAUAGUUUCUGGCGGUUACACAUUGCUCGCAUUUACCGCCGAGCCAAAAAGACGUCUGAUGUUCACCGAUGUCAUCGGGGCAGCGUACGGCACAGCAUCUGUUGCACCUCUCAGGGGCGGCGCUUUUACAGACCGCAUCUCGUGGCGGUGGUGUUUUUAUAUCAACCUGCCACUUGGCGGCGUUUCCGCCCUGAUUAUCAUCUUCUUCUUCCACACUCUCAAACAAGCAAGACCUGCCAAGGCUAUCUUCAAAGGAAAGCUACUGCAGAUGGAUCCGAUUGGCGUUGCUUUGCUGGUGGGUGCCGUCAUUGCAUUUAUUGUGGCCAUGCAGGCCGGUGGCCAGACUGAUUCGUGGAGAUCUGGUAAGGUUAUCGGUCUCCUUUAG